UUCGCUAAGUUGGAUGUUUCUUUGGCUUCGAAUUGCCGCACCAGUCUCAUGUUGCCGAUAAACUGGCGGACAGAUGAAGACCCAUUUGUUUUAACUGAAAUUAGAGAUCUACAGAUGAAGACCCAGAUGUUGGGUGACAGAGGGGAGAUGGUUUUUGGGAAAAUGGGUGGAGUCGGGAUUGAUGGUCGCCCGUGAGCUGGACGUGGCGGCUUUCUUUAGCACGGGUAAUCAGCGGCUGCUUUUUCACCUUUGCUCCCUCUGUGGUUUACUCAGAGGGAAAGCAGCUCCUUCGCCUCUUAGGAUGAGUUGUUCCUCGGCUGGGGUGGUUUGGAGCUUUCUAGUUUCUUAGGUAGAAAUGCCUCGAGGACAGUGUCAUCUCCUUAAGUUUUGGGCAUCCAGCCCCAUGUCUGACCCCCGCGGUGGACUUGGCGAGCUCGCUCGAUGAUCCCUGUUUAAUCGUUCAAGGCUACGUCUGGUAUAAUUGCUGUGCACGAGGUAUACACGGUUAUGGUGCGGCCAGAAGGGCACAUUUAUAUUCGGAUCGUGUUACACGGGCAAGCCUUGUGGCUCUGUCGCUCCUCAUUUUGAUAGGUGCAUCGGAGUCACUCGGUUUCGUGUGGAGUGAGCUUAGUCUGUCUCAGUUGGAGUAGGCAAGAUUGGUAGCCAGGGAACAGCAGGCGCCUUUUCUUCUCAUUCUCCUUCUUCCCCUUCUUUUGUGAACAGUGCAAGUAGUUGGUCGAUCACUAGUUUCGUCGGAGGUUAGCAGCGAUUUGUCAAUUUGACUGAGAGGCCUCGCCUUAUCAGUUGUUUGUGAGGAUACUUUUGACGCGUCUUUAUGUUGUAGGCCCUUGUGUGUUUAAGACACGCACGGCUCUAGUUAUGUGAAUUUUGUUGGGGACGAAAUGAUGUCCCCUUUCGAGGAUAACCCAACCUCACGUUUUUACCUCUGCAUUGUUCUCAAUCAACCAAUUGAUAGAGUGCCCCUUUCCGAAGUGUCUGUACGCUGUGCAACUGCAGCGUAGGUCCAGACCCUUGAUGUCGGAGUUCACAUGACUAACUGGUGUCUUGUGAACAAAAUCCUUCGACAUUCAAUUGCAUCACAGUGUUGGAUUUGCUUGUAACUGGAGGAAUUUGCUCACAUUAAUACCAAUUUCCAGCAAGUACGGGAUGUUUUUUUUGUGUUGUUUUCAGAGGGACCGAAACUAGAUCUACUCUGGUCCUGGGUUUGAGUCGGCGUCUUAAGUACUCUGACUGACUAGGUCAACAUUUUCUCUCUACGCGAUUGUUUAUUUUGUACACAUUGGAAAUAAUAGUCUCUGCUUGCUAUAUACUUGGGAAAGUAUGGGGCGCAUCAUGUUUUCUUGCAUUACGCCCGAGGAUGAUUGCGUGCGGGUUGUUUAUCCUGACGGUCACGUCGACAAUUUGAGCAGAACUUGCAGCGUGUAUGAGCUGCUCCUAGGUAAUCCAGAUUACUUUGUUUGCGGGUGCACCCCGUACACACUUACGAAUCGUAUGGCAGAAGAUGAGCAGCUUGAGAAAGGAUUUACGUACUUCGUUUGCGCUUCGCCGAAUGCCCAGCCAUUCCUGGAGCCAAAGAAAGCGUACAGAGGGUCGAGAAUCUUGCCUCGUUUUCCAAGACAUGGGGUUCAAGGAAGAGAAUUGCGAAGUCCUUCACAUACAAGCAACACGCAGUCGCGCAAAGUAUUUGAUUUGCACGCGGCUACGAUGCAGCUCGAAUCCUUCAAGAGCGCAGGGGCGCCCCGAAGUCCACAUCAUCACCUUGCAAUAGACAGACCACCGAAGCACCUCAAACUCGUCUUCUUCCGUCACUGUUUACAAUCGCUCAGGCUGCCUGGGCACUAUGGGGAGCUGCUGGAUUCAUCUCUAUCCCCACAUUCUGAUAAAAUUCCAGAACCUGCACCAGCCAUGACAGACGAGGUUCAUGCCAUUUUAAAGAGUGCUGCCAGAUCUGAAUUAGGGAUUCAUGUUUCAAGGAGGCAGGAAUUCUAUCUCAGGAGGGCGCGAAGACGUCGUAGGACCAUGUGGAAGCCGGUGUUACAGAGUAUCUCUGAGACGAUGCCUGUUGUAGAAUUUCUUGCGCCAGCAGCUUCUCAAGAGAGUGAUUGUUUGUCCAAGAGAUUCUCUCCACCUCGGCCAUCUCCACCCCGACCAGUUAAGAAUAUCUCACCGCCCCGUUACCCAGUAAAUACAACUCCAUCAAAGAGCGUUACACCACCAGAAUUGCUGGCAGCUGGGCCAAGGGUCUGUACCGCACCUCGGCCGCAGAGAAAACCAACCAACCAAAGGUCUCUGUACACGGCCUAGUACACAAUUUUACUGAUAUGGCGGACCAGGAGGUAUUCUUCACGUUGGAAGAAAAAGGUAUAACGAACACAGCGUGGAAAGUUCAAUGUCAGGCUCUACCUUUUGGACCCCUGGGGUGUACUUUUCGAAACAACGAGUCCGCAUGUCACGGGAGGGAUCUGCAGAUGAUUUUGCGUCGUCAGACCACUCACGGUUGCAAUUGAACCUCUGACACCUGAAAACAAGUAGAAAGAAGAAAAGAUAAUUACAAAAAUAAUUAAUCAAUCAAUCAUACAAUUUAAAAAAAUUCUAUAUGUAUAUCCAAAUUAAACUAAACAACUACAAGGCAAAAACCACAAAGUAUAUUAGCAUAUUCAAUGCAUAAUAGCUUGGAUGGACCAUCAAGGACACACAAUUGUAAAAUUUCCAAGUAUCUUCUUAAAAGGUAUAUUAGUCCAGUAAUUCCAAUUUA